AUAAACUGGAAGCUGCCCAGCAACUUCACUCCAAACCGCUUGAGGCCGCUGUAUUCAAACUCAAAGCCGGGGCCCAUGCGUUGUGACGUCACCUGGGGUACGUCGCCGGGUUCUGCGAGGAGUGGAGGUCGGUCAGCGUGAAAGAGAGGUAGUGUGUGGAGAGAGUGUGUUAAUGUGGAAGAUAGCGAAAGACUGGAAAACAGUGGGGACACCAGUCAAAAAAAUAAAUUAUCUAUUUAAUUAGCAGUUUUGCUGAGGAAGAAACAUACAUUACCGCAGACAUGGCUUUUUACGAGUACGUUAGUCGAGAACAGCUAGCCGGGUUUGACAGGUACAAGUACAGUGCUGUCGACUCCAACCCACUGUCUGUGUAUGUAAUGCACCCAUUUUGGAAUUCUGUAGUAAAGUUUUUACCCACGUGGCUGGCACCAAACCUGAUCACAUUUACGGGUUUCAUCUUCCUCGUUCUUAACUUUUUAAUGUUAGCCUUUUUUGACUAUGACUUCUAUGCUUCAGCACCAGACCAUGUGCAUGUACCAAGCUGGGUGUGGAUUGUAGCAGGUCUACUAAACUUCAUAGCAUAUACAUUAGAUGGUGUUGAUGGGAAGCAAGCUCGAAGGACGAACUCCAGCACGCCGCUGGGGGAGCUGUUUGACCACGGGCUGGACAGCUGGGCCUGCGUGUUCUUCGUUGUGACAGUGUACUCCAUCUUCGGGAGGGUGGAAGCUGGCGUGGGCGUGCGCACUCUCUACUAUAUCCUGUGGGUGGUGCUCUUCUCAUUCAUCCUCUCACACUGGGAGAAGUACAACACAGGGGUGCUAUUCCUGCCCUGGGGCUACGACAUCAGCCAAGUGACCAUGUCGGUUGUGUACAUUGUGACAUCUGUGGUUGGUGUAGAAACUUGGUUUGCACCCAUAUUUAUGAGUUUCUACUACAGAGACCUCUUCACAAUUAUGAUCCUGGGAUGCGCCUUUAUAGUAACCCUUCCAAUGAGUCUCUACAAUGUUUUCAAGGCAUACAGGAAAAACACUCUGCAGUGCAGUUCUUUUUAUGAGUCCUUUUUACCCUUCCUGUCGCCUGUGCUGCUUUUCAUUCUGUCCACACUGUGGGUCUGCCUCUCGCCGUCAGACAUCAUUGAGAAACAACCUAGAGUAUUCUACUUCAUGGUGGGAACUGCUUUUGCCAACAUAACGUGUAAGCUGAUAGUCUGUCAGAUGAGCAAAACUCGCUGCCAGCCUCUGAGCUGGUUACUGCUGCCCAUGGCUCUGGUAGUCCUAGUGAUCCUCUCAGGACUAGCGCAGCACUAUGAAACUCUUAUCCUGUAUAUAUGGACGGCAACUGUAGCGCUAGCACACAUCCACUACGGAGUGUGUGUGGUUCACCAACUGAGUGGGCACUUCAACAUCUAUGCCUUUUCACUGAAGAAACCGAGCACAGAUUGACUAGAGGAGAAAAUCGGCCUGCAGGCUGCAGAGGUUUAAACCUAAUCCAGCAGCAGCCUAUGGACACUUCAGCCAUCACCACAAAAUUGGCAUCCACCGUCAAGAGGAGAGAGAAUACAGACAUAUCCAAGCAGACACAGUGCACCUGGCACCGAGGACAGUGUUACACAGAGGUAUUCCUAUGGGCCCAGAUACAAGAGCUUAGGAAUCGCAUAAUCAUUUAAUUAUGUUUUCAGUAGGAAAUAUGAAUUCCACUUGUUUCCUAAGGAAAUCUGGACAGUUUAGAAUAGAAAGUGUCCAAUACAGCUUUUCCUCCAUGGUUUAUAGCUUGAAAACAGGUACUUUAUGGUUUUUAGAGCUGUGUAUAUUGCCUUACAGGAAUUGUUUUGCUGUUUAUGUACAGGUAUGCUAUCUGUAGCUUUAGCAAAUUGAACCCUCUCCUAUACUCCAUCCCAGCCCAUAACUUUGCACAAAUCUGUACUGCUUAGCACUAGAUGACAAAGUAACAUACACAUGUCCAACCAAAAGCCUCGCAUGGAGUUAUUAUUGUAGUCAGGCUUAAAAGUUUUUUGUCUCUUGAUUUUGCCAUUGCUUUAUUUCGUCAGAUUUUGAUGUUGCUAUUGAACAGCAUAGCAUCUAUAGAGUGUAAUGUAAAUACACUUCUUAUUGGAUAUGAAGGGCUUGAACUGGGGAUAGUGGGAUAUUAACACAGUUUGCACAUGGAAUACCUAACACAGCGAUUACAUAUACAGCAAAAUGCUGGGAAAACAAGCUGCAGGGUUAUCUGAAGGCACCAGUUAACAGGAAAAGCAAUUGCUCACGUUUCUGUAGAAAAACAUUUUCUACUUUGUGUCGUUUACAAAGCUUGGUAAUGUACUUCUGAAUCUGCCACAGUAAUUGCUACAGAUAUAUAACAUAUUAUAUACAAUCAUAUUGUUUCUUUUGUAUUCUGCUCUGAAGAUCACUAUUUCUCCAUUUAGUAACUAAGAAAACUUGCCAUCUCAUAAGAUUGUGUUUUUUUUUUCCCAAUUGUGGUGGAUCCUUCCACCAUAUCAUCAAAUUUGAAACCUCCAGUUUUACUUGCUUUUAUAUAAGACCCAUGUCUUUUGGAUGUUGUGUUUUCAAGUUCUCGGUUUGCUGGUGGUGUGGUGAAUGCAUGCAUUUUUUUUCUUUAUAGCAAACUCUCCAUGCUUUAUUUCAUAUACAUGAGAUUGUGCUUCGAUGAAGAUUGUGCCCUAAACCCAUUAUUGGACAGGACACACUUGGAAGGAACAAGCAUGAUCAAAGUUUUGUCUAGUUGUGUUCAAAAAUAGAAACGCUUGUGCAAGGGGUUUCUGUUUUAAAUGCAGUGUCUGCUCUUUGUAGCUGUUUAUUCAUUUCUUUGUAAAUUAAUAUAUGUUGCCGUAGAUUGUUCAACCUCAAUACUGAGACCUUGGCUUCAAGAAUUCAUGUAAAUAUUUGUUUUCUUCAUUUUGAAAUUUUAAAGUAACAAUUAAAAUAAAUAACUCCUUAUUUUUAGCAUUUAGGAUUUUUGUUUAAUCAAUGUUACGGUAUACAGAAAAUGUGUUGUUGAUCAAACUUGUUAAGGCUGAGUAUGCAUAAAAGGAAUGUCAUACAUUUUAUUUUAAUGUUUGCUGGUGUCUUGAUAUGGUUUUGUAUGUAUUCAUAAUGUAAAUUAAUUUCCUUAUGUUAGUUACACAUGGCAGCUGAUUGUCUGGGAUGAACACCUUGUCUCCAGAAUUAUGUAUUAAAGAGAUGAUGUGGCUGUAUUCUAUACUAGAUCUAUUCUUGCAUAAGCUAAAAACAAAGAAUAUUUAUUAUUCAUAAAAAACAAAAGCUGCUGGUAUGUAGAAUAUUGUUUUGAACCUACAUGUAUAUGUCUAAUGUAAAACUGUUAUUGGCUAGUUUCCACAUCAUUGUUAAACACUUAGAAUGGUAUUUGUAUUAGUUUAUUGAGUCAACACUGAUCAUUUAUUAUUUAUAAUGCAUGAAACCAACUUUUUAAUUUUUUGUAUAGGCUCAUCAAUGGAAUACAGCCACUGUUUCUACAUUCUUAACUGACAACAUACAGUCCAGGUGUGAAAGUAUGAAUGGGACCACAAGCUUGAUCUGAAGUCUGCUCUGUCCUUAAACCAGGAUGGCAUAUUUCUUUACUUAGAAAAAUAAUCUUUUGAACUGGAAUUAGACAGAACUGAAAACUAAUGACGCCUACAGAGUGAAAAAUAAGACACGAAUAUAGACACUGGUGUUGGGUUUCCCCCCUUUUGUGGCAGUAUUGUGCCUAGAUACGUGCUUCACAUACAAAAUAAAUACAUGGUGGAAAAACAAAGCCAAUUCAUUUGCAAUUCUGGCUUUUUUUAAAUUUAUUUUUUAUUCAUUUGUUAGUUAAUGCAAGAAGCACAACCUUUGUUGGGCCUAACUGUCAAAAGUGGAGGGCUAAUUAGCAAAUAUGCAAAUCACAUAAAGAAUUUUAUUAUUAUUAUUUGUUGAUUUAGCAGACACCUUUUAUACAAGGCGACUUACAGAGACUAGGGUGUGUGAACUAUGCAUCAGCUGCAGAGUCACUUACAACAACGUCUCACCCGAAAGAUGGAGUACAAGGAGGUUAAGUGACUUGCUCAGGGUCACACAGUGAGUCAGUGGCUGAGCCGGGAUUUGAACCAGGGACCACCUGGUUACAAGACCUUUUCUUUAAAGAUUGGACCACACAGCCUCCUAUUAUCUUUAACGAGUGUGAGACACAUGGGGAGACGAUUUACAAAAAUAAAUAGAUAAGAACAUAAGAAAGUUUACAAACGAGAGGAGGCCCCAUUCAGCCCAUCUUGCUCGUUUGGUUGUUAGUAGCUUAUUGAUCCCAGAAUCUCAUCAAGCAGCUUCUUGAAGGAUCCCAGGGUGUCAGCUUCAACAACAUUACUGGGGAGUUGGUUCCAGACCCUCACAAUUCUCUGUGUAAAAAAGUGCCUCCUAUUUUCUGUUCUGAAUGCCCCUUUAUCUAAUCUCCAUUUGUGACCCCUGGUCCCCUGGGUCGACAUUGUCAACCUAGGUUGACAGAGAUGUGCUCUGUCAACCUAGAGCAUUUACUCCUAGGGUAUAUGUAUACAUUGUUUAAUAACUAUAUUUUCCAUAUUUCAACAUUUGUCUAAGGAUGAGUGCAAGAUAUCUGUUUUUAAACUGUUUAAUAAGUUGUUAUUUUAAUUAAGCUGUGAAAAAAUAUGAAACUCUGUACAGCUUUUUUUUAUCCUUCCUGGUAGGGGUUUUACUUCAUUUUUGUUUUAAAAAAUGUAUUAUCAAGUGGAUCAGAAAAUGCUUUUGUGAACUUGAUAAAUAUUCUGUUUACCCUGUGAUGUCUUUAAUGUCAGUUGUUGCCGUUGAGUGCAGUACACAAAUUGCCAAGUGGAAAAGGUGUAUUGUAAUGCAUCAGAUACAUACCUGAAGGAGUUUUUUUUUCAAUAGAAUAAAAACCUUUAGAUGUGCUUGUUACUGUAGUUAUGAAUCUGUUCUACCUCAGGAUAUCAUCCAUCAGGAGUAGCUGCAGCAGAUUAUGCUACUACGGCAAGCACUAAAGCCUUUUGUUCUAUACCAUGCAAAAUUGCUUUACUUUUUAGCAGUUGGUUCUUGCAGUUUCUGUGUGAUCAAAUGUAGAGCCAUUGACCUUUUAAAUCAAUAUUCUUGCUUCUCUUUUUUGGUUUUGCAAAGGGGCAGUACCUUGCCUUUGUAUCAUCAGUACUGUUUAAUUCUGAUAUACCUGUGGUUGUUUGGUUUCUGCAGCAGCCAAGUGUGUGAUACUCAUGCAUUUUAGGCAACUCAGAAACACAAUUCUCUUCCUGUUCAUUCCUGACAUAAUGCUGCUUAAUUCACAAGUAUUUGACCUCUUCAUUGUUUUCCAGAGGCCUUGCUUGUAAUCUACUAAAAUCACAACAUGCUGUGUUCUGGAAAGUAAGCUUUGAAUUAUGUAACUAAGGCACAUAUCAAAUAAAUGUUUGUAUUCUUUGGUUCUGGUCAUGCUAA